CCAGAAGAGAGGCAGGGGCCGGGCAGCGGCCGCUGUGAUUGGCACACCCCGCUCCGGCAGAGGCGGAGGAGAGCAGCCGGGGACGCAGGAGCCCCGCUGCGCCCCUCCAGCGCCUUGGCAGCCCGGCAGCAGCGGGAGCCGGGAGCUGCUGGGCGCGGGGAAGCGGCGGCGGAGGAAGGAUGCAGGGGAAGAAGCCCGGGGGCUCCGCGGGCGGCGGCGGCGAGCUGCAGGGGGACGAGGCGCAGGGGAAUAAGAAGCGGAAAAAGAAGGUCUCCUGCUUCUCCAACAUCAAGAUCUUCCUGGUGUCCGAGUGCGCCCUGAUGCUGGCCCAGGGCACGGUGGGCGCCUACCUGGUGAGUGUUUUAACUACCUUGGAGCGGCGAUUCAACCUGCAGAGCGCUGAUGUGGGGGUGAUAGCCAGCAGCUUUGAGAUUGGGAACCUGGCCCUCAUUCUCUUUGUGAGCUACUUUGGAGCCCGAGGGCAUAGGCCACGUUUGAUAGGAUGCGGAGGAAUAGUCAUGGCUCUGGGCGCCCUCCUUUCUGCGUUGCCUGAAUUUCUGACCCAUCAGUACGAAUAUGAAUCUGGGGAAAUACGCUGGGGGGCUGAAGGGAGGGAUGUAUGUGCUGCCAACGGGUCCACCAGCAACGAGGGACCAGACCCGGAUCUUAUCUGCAGGAAUAGGACUACCACCAACAUGAUGUACUUGCUUCUCAUUGGAGCGCAAGUGCUCCUAGGCAUUGGUGCUACCCCUGUACAGCCACUAGGAGUUUCCUACAUCGAUGACCACGUGAGACGGAAAGAUUCCUCCCUAUAUAUAGGGAUCCUGUUUACAAUGCUGGUAUUUGGACCAGCCUGUGGAUUUAUCUUGGGCUCCUUCUGUACCAAAAUCUAUGUGGAUGCUGUCUUCAUUGACACAAGUAAACUGGAUAUCACCCCCGAUGACCCUCGGUGGAUCGGCGCGUGGUGGGCAGGCUUCUUGCUGUGUGGUGCCUUACUUUUCUUCUCGUCCCUCUUGAUGUUUGGAUUCCCGCAGUCCCUGUCCCCCAGGGUGGAGCAUGCAGUGGAGAGCGAGCAAGCCAUGCUCCCCGAACGGGACUACGAAAGGCCCAAGCCAAGCAAUGGGAUCCUGCGGCACUCACUCGAAGGGGAGGACGGUGCCUCCUGCCUCCAGCAGCUGAGAGUGAUACCUAAAGUAACAAAGCACUUGCUGGCCAAUCCUGUCUUCACCUGCAUCAUCCUUGCUGCCUGCAUGGAGAUUGCUGUGGUCGCUGGCUUUGCAGCCUUCCUGGGGAAGUACCUGGAACAGCAGUUCAACCUUACCACCUCAUCAGCCAAUCAGCUCUUGGGGAUGACAGCGAUCCCAUGUGCAUGUCUGGGCAUAUUCCUGGGCGGUCUCCUGGUGAAGAAGCUCAGCCUGUCUGCUCUAGGAGCCAUCAGGAUGGCCAUGCUCGUUAACCUAGUGUCCACAGCUUGCUAUGUCUCUUUCCUAUUCCUGGGCUGUGACACGGGGCCCGUAGCUGGGGUUACUGUUCCCUAUGGAAACAACUCAUAUCCGACCUUGCCCUUGGACCCAUAUUCCCCCUGCAAUAACAACUGUGAAUGCCAAACCGAUUCCUUCACUCCAGUUUGUGGGGCAGAUGGGAUCACCUACUUGUCCGCCUGCUUCGCGGGCUGCAGGAGCACGAAUCUCACUGGCUGCUCAUGCCUCAGUUUGGUCCCAGCCGAGAACGCUACAGUAAUGCAUGGAAAAUGCCCCAGUCCUGGUUGCCAAGAGGCCUUCUUGACAUUCCUCUGCGUGAUGUGUGUUUGCAGCAUGAUUGGAGCCAUGGCACAGACGCCGUCAGUUAUCAUACUCAUCAGAACAGUGAGCCCUGAACUUAAGUCUUAUGCUUUGGGUGUGCUUUUCCUGCUGCUCCGUUUGCUAGGUUUUAUCCCGCCACCCUUGAUCUUUGGGGCUGGAAUUGACUCAACAUGUCUGUUCUGGAGCACGUUUUGCGGCGAGCAAGGAGCCUGCGUAUUGUAUGACAAUGUCGUCUAUAGAUACCUGUAUGUUAGCAUUGCUAUAGCUCUGAAAUCUUUCGCAUUCAUCUUAUACACAACCACCUGGCAGUGCUUGAGGAAAAACUAUAAAAGAUACAUCAAGAACCAUGAAGGUGGGCUGAGCACUAGUGAAUUCUUUGCCUCUACUCUCACUCUAGACAAUCUGGGGCGGGACUCUGUGCCCCAAAACCAGUCACAGAGGACAAAAUUUAUCUAUAACCUUGAAGAUCACGAAUGGUGUGAAAACAUGGAGUCUGUUUUAUAGUGACUAAGGAUGGAUGAACUCUAUAUUAAUAAUAUAUGGGUCCUUUUUAAUUAAGAGAGAGAGAGAGAAUAAAAUUUAAAAAACAGGAAACUUUUGUCCUUUUGAGCCAAGGAUUCAGAAUAACAAAAUCUUUUAAUGGGAUCAUUUUUGAAAUCCUGCCGGAGUGCUGGAGAGAACACGAAACCACUUCUGUUGGGUACCAGCCCCUUUGAUGAUGGUACAAUCUUCCAGGAUAGAAUCACCUGCAAGGGCAUUGGGAGCUGCAAACCCAGGGUUUUGUCGGAGACCUCAUCAGAUGGACAUUCUUGGGCACCUGGUGAGAAGAAACAAGCAAAUAACAGCAAUUCCAGAAUAAGCGUUAGUGACUCUGCAUGCCAUUAGGGAUCUGUGUGGCCCUGUCAUCUCUGCAAUAUGGGCUAAAGGGUUAGCCAGUCUGGGUGCUGUUGAAGUCCAAUGCACUCUCUCAGUGAUGUCAGAGAGGGAAGAGUGCUGGAGUUAUUAAACUACUUACACUCUGUCACCAGCCAUGAUUCCAUGUUAGAUACUUUGAAUGCGCCCGUAUACCCUCUAGCCAGCACACAUUGCUGGUCAAAAGGCUCCACUGUCCUUCCAGCAGACCUCAGAUUUCGGUUCUCUGUGAAUGGCUGUGCUCAGAUCUUUAAAACCCAGUAAAGUUCAAGUCAUUUGCUUACACUUGCCAAAUGUUCUGUCAUUUUUUAAAAAAUUCCAAACAUUUGUCUGUAUAAUCCUUUUAAGAUUUUUUUAAACUACUUUCAAAUUUAUAUUAACCCUUAAAUCACUGACCGUGUUCGAUAGGGGGAACUUAUUAUACCAAUUGCAUUUUUUUUCUGGUUUCUUUUCAAUAUGCCACAACAUCAUGCCAGGGAUUCAGCUAAUCCAUUGCAUUUUUUUUAAUCUGUAUGCCUUCUUUCUGAUGCACUGUCAAACCAAUGAGGACAUGCAUUAUUAAAAAGAAAUUAAAAGAGAGAGUGAAUGCUCUGUGUCUCUAUGAAAAUAAUUAUCAGUUGGAGAAUUCUCAUAUACUAUAAUAAUUUACAGAUUAUUUCUUCAUAUGACAUAUGGCUCUGUGAAUACAUAGAUGGAGAGACCCUUUGUUUAUGUACUCUCCAGUUUUUAAAUAUAUAUUAUUUGCAGUCAAAGGUCAGAUGGGAGUGUUCCUUAAAAUUAUUGUGUGUGUGUGUGUGAGAGAGAGAGAGAGAGAAUACCGAGCUCAGUCCUUCAAUCCAUACUCAGACAAUUUCUAUUCACAUGAGUAGUCCCAUUAAUUUCAAGGAGACCACUCAAGUGAGGAAACAGUGCAGGAUCUGACUUACUAAGGGCCAAAUGUUGCCCUUAGAGUUGCAUUCAGGGCUCCCAUAAAGGGGCAGAAUUUUCAAAAGCACCCAAAUAUUGGCCAUUACUCACUUGGACAAGAGUUAGGGCAAUACUGAGCACUUUUGAAAAUCACACCCAGAUUCUAUAGGAGAUGCCCCCAUGGAUCCUCGGAAAGAACUGGCAUGAUCUCUUGAAUUAGAGUCUUGUCCAAUGCCCUUUGAAAUCAAGAGGAGUCUUUCUGUAGACUUCGGUGGGCAUUGGAUCGGACUUUUCCUAUAUGAUCUUUUUCCAGGACAUUCCUACUGUUAAGCAAUAAAAAGUGGCUGUGUGUAAUGAAUUUUCUCCAACCAUAAUUGAAACCAGCCAUGUUUCCAAUGGAGUAAAUGUCAGUAGCAUUUUAAGGGUUAGCAUUAUUAAUUCAAAAUCCUGGUUUUUUUGGUUGGUCUUUUAAAGCGGUUGUGAACCUGCAAACAUUUAGAAACAUAACCCGUCAUGUCAGACUAAACACAGGAUGUAACUCCCAUGUAUCCCAGGAGUGGGUGAGCUUCCCAGAGUCAUGUUCAUUGCUGGCAAUGGACACACCAAAAUCCUCAGAAUGGAACAGUGAGGUUACCUUGCCACUCGUGUUCAGUACCAUUUUAGCAGACCUUGCUCUAACUGAGACAAUUAAAAGCUGGCAGCAUAAGACAAUUUCCAGCUGACUUACUUUACUUUACUUUACUGGCGUGUUUUGUAAUUUAUGCACUGCAUUAAAUGUUCAGCAACAAAAAGGGCAAAGAACCCAGUAUAUCAAAUAAGCUGCACUGUGCCAAAUACUCAACCAAUAUUGUAACUAUAUAUGUUUUUAUUCUUGGCUUGGAGCCUUGUUCAGAAUCAUUUGAUAAAGAGAGGAGUGGAAGGGGAGAAAGGAGCAUUAUGCAGUACCAUUUGUAUCUAUUGGGUGGUAAAUGAUAUUUAGAUCAGUUUAUUAUAUCCUGUCUGCUAAAAUAGAGAUACUGCAUCCAUAAGCCAAUGAAUUAAACAAAGGGACAGGUUGCAUAUCUGUCUCAUAAAAUAUGUAUAAUUGUCAAUUAUAAGCCUUUGAAAUCUUUCUGUACAGUUUUCCUUAUUUUGAAAAUGUAUUGCUUAUAGAAUGUUGCCUUUUUCAGAUGCUAACUCAUCGUUUUAUACUAAACACACGCGCGCGUCACAAACAACAUGUCUCAAUGCCUGAUUUCUUGAAAAUCUAUAACCCCUUUUGCGGUUUGGAUUCUUUUUCUCUCAAAAUCCAGGGUGAAUGAGAAUAAUAUGCUGGCAUGACGCAAAACAAACUGAAAGGCGUUCUAGAGCUAUGGUUUGCCAGUAAUUGAAUGUACAAUCAAAAGCCCAUCUUACCAGUGUUACGGGAAACAAGAUUGCAGGGCAUGUACUGUCACUUCACUUGUUUGUUUGGGGGAUUUUUUUAUUUUUCCUUUUUUUUUUAUCUUAAUCUGAUGUCUUGGUUGUGUAUGGGAAGCUCAGCCUGAGCUGGGUUGUUUUAUACUUUUGUACCUAAUUAUUUUGUAUCUUGUGAAAUUGUGAUUUUCUGUUUCUUUCUUUUGAUAACAUUGCUUUUGAAAUGCUCUUUUUUAGGAAGCGUCAGAUCCCAGUAUCAUCAAGGGCUUUAAUCAUAGAGUUUUGGUGCUGUCACAGGGGAAAGAGGUGUAUCCAUGCAUGUAAAACAAAACUUGAAACCAAAUACUCGGAGUGCCCCAGCUGUUUCUUUGCUUUGCUCAUUUCAAAGUUUUGCAUGUUCCCUACUUUUAAUUGUACAGUCAGGGGUGAAUAAUCUCAACUCCGCCUCCUACACCCCAAAAAUGGGUGCCACAUAGCUUUAGGGGGCACUUCAAUUCCUUUUUCAAGAAUAACUUAACCAUGCAGGAGAUGGAAUUGGAAAGAUUCUCUUCCUGAGAGGAGAAAGCAGAGGCAAGCCCCAAGUUCUGAAGCUCAGAUCCUACUUCCCCCAGGCUCAGAGCCUUUGGAUUCAGGUUUUUUGUUGAGCCUAUCUCAGAAUCAACAGUGCCCCCAAACCCUGUGCUUUGCUGCCUGGUGACAGCCUUCUAAGGAGAUAUUUUGGGAAAUGCAGCAUACCAUUUGGAGCCUGAUUCUCUUCUCACUCUCACAGAUGUAAAUCAGGAGUGGCUCCAAUGAAAUUAGUGUAGGGGGGAUCCCAGUGUGAAAGUGGCACAAGUGAGAGCAGAAUCAGGCCAUUGGUACUUUGCACAUUGGGCUCUUUAAAUGACAUGGUGCAGUUUGAGACCAUCCCUUUAUACUUGUGGAAAUCAUCUCUCAAAGUUCCUAUCCCACCCUUUUGUGCAUCUCACCAGAGCAAAGAGCAUUCUCGGGAGGAGGAGACAUCUUUCCAUUCAAAUUUCCGGCCUUCCUCAGGGUUUUGGUUGCACGAUGACAUGACGAGAAUUUUAAGAUCACUUGAAUUACCAAGCCAAACCCACCCACUUCCCCCUGUUCAAUAGGAGGGUCCUACACCACGCUCUGGAGAGCCCAUACAUUCGAGGCAUCAAAUCUCAGCUCUCAUGCUACCAUUAUCCUGUCUGAGAAGGAUAUGAGCCUUAUGGGAGAGGGGAGGAAUUCACUCCCAUGGAGUUGAACUAGCAAUGCUUACAAAUGAAAUGAUGGGGUGAGCAGAAGACAUUUGAAGAGGGGUUUAAGAAUUUCCCAAUAGUUAGGGCAUGUACAAAGAAUCUUUUAAGAAAAUCUUUAGACUAUCUUUAUAUUCUCCAAAAUGCAAUAUGUGAUCCCCAAUUAUUUUUCAUUAACUAAAGGGAUGCUAAGGGCUGUGCAUCGUACCCACACCUUUCUGCAUCAGCCAGUUGUGCUUUCUCCCAGGGUGCACCGUGUCUUGGGAGGGAAAGCAGACUCAGUUUAGCAAUCAGCAGUCUCACUCCACAACAGACCCAGAGGCAACCUCAAGGCUACCUUUCAGAGUAACAGCCGUGUUAGUCUGUAUUCGCAAAAAGAAAAGGAGUGCCACAAGUACUCCUUUUCUCAAGGCUACCAACACUGUGAGUUGUGAAACUUUACCAGGAGGCAGAGUCUGUUGCUGCUGCUGUUCGAGAAUAUUUCUCACAGCUGGACAUGUUGGGCUCAGCACUUCCCCUGUGAUUCAGAUGAGCUAGGUGCGUUGUUUGUUUUGUUUUUUGUCAGAGGGAGUGGGGAAAAUUGGUGUUAAAAGCUCUUAGGCAAAUACGUCAUAGGACUGAAACAUUUUUUUUGUUCUUUGUUCAGAGAGGUUUCCAAACAAAUUCCCAUUCUGCCUUUAAAGCCAGUUAUCCAUAUGUAUCCCUCCCUAGUGUCACAUGAGCCAUCUUUAUAGAUAUAAGGCUUCCAAAUCACUCACACAUUCUUGCUCACUAGAUGUGAUUAAUGUGUGCAAACUUCACACCGUUUCUUUGUGCCUGGGGCCCUGGAAAAACACGUCCUAAGUAUAAGUAAUAAAGGUUGUGAUUCUGAGCUGCUUUGACCUUGCAGAGAGCGAGAGAGAACAGGCAAAGGCCCCUGCGCUCUUCUCCUUGUCUAAAGCAAAGUUCACUUGUUCCCGUGUUACCUACUCCUCUCAUGACUCACCAUGGGGGGAGGGAUAGCUCAGUGGUUUGAGCUUUGGCCUGCUAAACCCAGGGUUGUGAGUUCAAUCCUUGAGGGGGCCGUUUAGGGAUAUGGGGCAAAAAUUGGGGAUUGGUCCUGCUUUGAACUGGGGGUUGGACUAGAUGACCUCCUGAGGUCCCUUCCAACCCUGAUAUUCUAUGAUUCUAUGAUCCCACUGAGCCAGGGUUCCAAUCCUGGAAGGUUGUGGCACUCUCAGUUCGCUGUGACUUGGCAGUUUCAGUCCCCUGCAGUAUAUCCUUGCUUAGAGAUGGCUAAAAUACACUUCUUGUAAAUGAGCAUGAGCCAGUGAUUGUUCUAGUGAUUAGUAUAAGCCAAGCUUGGUGUGAUCUUAUGAUGGAUCAGACGGACUCUAGAAGGGAAGAAAUGACAAUGAGGGGGCAUUGUGGCUGGGUUUUUAAAGGUCCCUAAGAGAAUUAGGCACCCAACUUCAGCUAGCAUUCAAUAAGAUUUGGAUUUUAGCCAUAUUUCAAAGCCUCCGCCUUUAGGCAUCUCUUACAGGCUGUCCACUGGGCUCUUUCACCAGCCUGAAUUUCACACCAGUAAUUUUGCAAAAGACUGUUAAAGUUCCUUUAGCUAGAUGGUGCCUUCCUCCUCCCCCCACUUAAUAAUGCAAAUGCAAAUAAUGCAAUUUAGUCCUAUCAAGCCAAUAAUCUCUAUUCAAAGAUAUUAACACUGUCAUUUGCAUUGGCCUGAGAGACCAGAACAUCUCAUUUAGUUUCGGCCCAUCAGCUACACUAAAAACAUGACCCAUUUUUUCUUGCUUUUACAUAUUAAAUCUGUCAUUCCUUAUAAGGUGUAAAUGACAUUUUUCCAUCAUUCCACUGACUUUUCCAGGAAAUGCAAGUCUUAAUUCAAUUGCUUCACAAGAACAUACUCUCUAGACAGUUUUUAGAUAUUGGGUAUUUUUCUUUUAACUAGUGUUGCCUAGUAAAAUCUUUGGCUCUGAUCUUGUUCCCUGAAUUCAAUGGGGCAAGGGCAGGCUCUGUGUAAUUAUGAGCAAAUUAGUCAUGUUCUUUUCCUUGGAAUGAGUGAAAAUAUGUUAUCCUUGUGAUUAAAAAGAAAAGAGAGAAAAUUAUGAACAAAAGCUGCCAAUUGUCAAGUGGGCUGGAGCAGACAGUCACAGUCUGAUGUGAGGAGUCCCAAUAAAAAAGGAAAAUACCAGUUAUAUGCCAAUAAUUUCAAGUGCAAUAAUUUUUAGAGCGAUUCUCCAUGAAGUGGGUGUCACCACUGGCAAUAAGCAAUAAGAAACACAUCAGGAAGAGUGGACAAAUAAUUUAUUAGCUGAAUUUCCAUUUCCGCCCCCCUUUGUGAAUUGUCAGUGAAUAGUUUUAAAAUUUCUCUAAUUUAUUUGCCCAAAAUUUCUGCAUAUAACCCUUCGCCUGUAGAUUGAUUGUGAACCACUUAUUAAGAAUAUUUGAUACUUGGCCUGGGUUGGUUAAUUUUGAUUGGACAUGUAAGUCAGGCGGGAUGUUUCUAUUUCCAAACCAGAUGGAUGUAAUUUUAGAAUCGGGUUUUUGGUGCCUCUAUUCAUGAUUAGGAGUCCAGGGUCAGAUCCUUCGCUGGUGUAAAUCAGCAUAGCUCUACAGAAAUUAGGUCAAUUAAUUCCAGCUGAGGAUCUGACUCUAAAAAUUCACUGUUCAGGUACAUGAAUAGCUGCUUAAAUUUUUCUGCUUCUGAGAACAUUUCUGCCAGUUAGUCCCUUCAUUAGAAUAAUCCCAGAGAGCAACCACAAAACAAUCAUGAUCACUGGCAAAGCAAACAGGUACCAAAAGUUAAGUAUUUAUGGAAAUUUGUUUGCAUUGUUUGUACAGCUAUAAUAUCAGGCACAAUAGCCCAACAGAAUCGUAGAAGUCAGCGUUGUGAAAGGCCUAACAUAGUCCACCUACCUAACCAAGUUGUCAAUCGUCAGGACAACAAAGAGGUAUCUGUUCUCUGCCCCAUACUUUUUUACCCUUCAAAAUGCUUAUCCUUCCUACAGAAUAGUCUCUCACAAACAUUGAGGCAUUUACUGUUGUCAACCCUUAUCUCAGUGUUGUCUUUUGGGGUCCUCAUGUCUCUUGCUAACACACACUCGAAUAAAGAUGCAACCCUUCUCCCACAGUCUCUGAUGCUUUCUGCCAGACCUGAAUGCUCUAAGGCACCUGGUGGCUCCCUGACAUUUCCACUUGCUGAAGAGUUCUAGCCAUUGCGUCUUAUUCCUUAGUGCAUGAAAGCAGUUCCCAUCAUCCACACCUGGAAAGCAUCUGUCCUAGAUCAGAGCUCAGCAGGGAAGUCCAGUGGCCCUGGGACAAGAUAGUAUUUUCAAGCAAAAGUGAUCUCUUGUUUCUCUUUGGUGCAAUGCCCAACUGGGUGGGGGAGAAGAAUUGUGACCUUUUUAAACCCAUAGUGCCUACCGUUGAAAUGGAAUGCUGUGUUGUUUUGCAUUGUAUUAUACGUGAUUACCAUGUAAAUAAAGUAAAUGUGGUAUUCAUUAGAGUUGUGAUGCACCCCACAACAACAAUAUUUCUUCUUCUGCUAUAUGGGCUUAAAAACCAUUCCAGACCUGGGAAUGUUUGUGACUGUGUAAACUAGAAAUGUGGCAAAGGCAUUCAAUGGGAAAACACUGCCUAUAUACAGCAUUGCUUUGCCGUAUGUACGAUACAUGAGCACCAUCAGAACCUCAACGAGGCAGGCGAUUUAUACAAGAAAGAGCAGUUCUUUAGUUAAAGUGGGCAGUGAGUAGAACAACCAGUAUUUCCCAGCCUGAACUGGUCAAUCUCAUUCAUGAUGGUAGGAAAAGCAACAUUACUGAGGAUCUGAUUUCUCUUUCAUUGUUUUCUUUAUGCAGGGUGUUAAUGGUGAGGAAAGUUUGCCAUGCCAGUGUGACUUUAUUACUUUCCUCAUCCCCUGAGAUCUUUCAGCUGUAGUUCCCACUGAAUAGACUGGGAGUGUUAAGAUCAGAGCGGGUUGGGAAACAAGCUUCCCUGAUCCGACUCAGCCAGCUAAUCCCUCCGGGGCUCUAGAAAACAUUGCAGGCUUUUAAGCAAAUGGGAACUUUAGAGACUUUUAUUCCCUGCCUCCAUUCUCUCCUCCUUAUCUUUUGCUCCGUGAAACUAGAGGGAACAAAGUGCCAGUGUGUCAAGAUGCAGAAGACCUACCACCUGCCCCAGUCAGCAUUAUGUUUGCCCUUCUAGAGAACUUCCAAAUCCUGACGGAAUCUUGUUUUAAUUUUUUCCCCCAUUCUUAGAAAGUUCAAGUCUUCGCUGGCAAAAGUUUGAUGUCACUGCUCUUGGGUAUGAGACCCUCCUUGGGUGACAUCCCCAAGUGCAUGAGAUCUUCUAUUAGCUAAAAAUGGCUAAAAUCAUUUGGGGGUGUAUUAUCAGGAGUGUCAUAUGUAAGCCAGAGAGCUAAUUGUCCUUCUCUACUUGACACUGGCGAGGCCUCCGCUGGAGAACUGUGUCCAGUUCUUGGUGCCACACUUUAGGAAAGAUGUUGACAAAUUGGAGAGAGCCCAGAGGAGAACAGCACAAAUGAUAAAAGGUUCGGAAAACCUGGCCUCUGAGGAAAGGUUAAAAAACCUGGGCAUGUUUGGUUUUGAGAAAAGAAGAGUGAGGGAUAACUUGAUAAGGUUUUAAAUAUGUUGAGGGUUGUUAUUAAGAGGAUGGCGAUCAAUUGUUCUCCAUGUUCACUGGAGGUAUGGGCUUAAUCUGCACCGAGGAAGAUUUAGGUUAGAUAUUAGGAAAAGCUUUCUAACUAUCAGGGUGGUUAAGCUCUGGAAUAGGCUGCUAAGGGAGGUUGUGGGAUUCCCAUCAUUGGAAAUUUUUAAGAACAAGUUGGACAAUCACCUAUCAGGGAUGGUCUAGGUUUAAUUGAUCUGGCCUCGGCACAGGGAGCUGGACGUAAUGACCUCUCGAGGUUCCUUCCAGCCCUGCAUUUUUAUGAUUCUGUCAGACAGCGUUAGCCAUGCCCAUGAGACACUUCCAUGUGUAGGUCAUCCUGUUGAACAUGCAAGACAAUCCCACCUAGGUUGCUUUGCCUGUGCCUAUGAAACUCUUCCACAGAGGUCCCCCUGCUGCAUAUACAAGAUGGCUGAGUGGAGGUUACUCUGAUUAUGAACAUGCAAGCCUUCCACAUUCUUCUCUCUGCCCACUUAGAGCCCCCUGUAUAUGCCACCCUGCCUUUGCGUGCAAGAACCUCUCUGCAUAGGCUAAUGCCACAUCUGUUUCCAAAAAUUCAUAUCAUAAGUGAUCUGCAGCUUCCUGCCCUUGAACCUUGAUGAGCUGACUUUUCCCCACCUUGGGCUGCAUGUUAAUCCAUUGUUAUUGUGCCAGAGUGGAAGGAUUCUUUUAAAAAUUCUUUGAAAUGUGCUAUCUGGACUGCUUCUGAUUUUGAGGGCUUUUUAGCAGCACUUCCGAAAUAAAUCCAAACCUGGUUUGGAAAAGAAAAUAUUUUACUGUACGAUUGAUUUGGGGGUGGGGAGAAGAAAGAGAGAAGAAAGAAAAAGAAACUACAUACUCAGUAAAAAGAAAAGGAGUACUAGUGGCACCUUAGAGAUUUAUUUGAGCAUAUACUCAGUAUAUUUUGAGUACUGCAUUCUGUAUUUUUGCAGCUAUAUUUUCGAGAUGAGCAGUUUAGAAAUGCGUGAUGUGAAAAUGUAUACUGUAAGUUUGCUGUAAAUUAUAUUAAAAGCACUAUUUUCAUUCUUA